UGCUUUUAUUUUUCACCGUCAACAGUCAAUUUCCGGUUUAGCACUUGCUAACCACGGUUAGCUCGACGCCGCUGGUUUACUUCUGGCUUCGUGGCUCAUUGAACUGAUUAGCCUGACGUUUUAUUUCUUUAUCGCUUCACCACAAACGUGGAAAAAUGUCGCGUUUAUCAGCGACCUUCGCCGUCGCGCUGCUGCUCAGCCUGGAGGCUUCAGGGAAAACUGUGAGGGGGCUGUUCAGGAGCGAAGCGGCGAGGCAGGAAAAUGGCCAGUUCAUCACCAAAUUCAUGUACCAAGCAGGUAACGGCGGGCUGCUGGUGUGUCGGCUGGACAACCCAUCCCUGGGAACAGAGAAGGAGGCCAGGCUGCUGCUGUACCAGGACAUGGACUCAGACCUGGACAACCUGAGCUGCUCCCAGCGACUCAGCAGAGCCCAGUUCACCAUUUCCCUCAGCCAGGAAGAACACAACCAGACGAUCCCUCGUCAGUCUUCGCCCACAGCCUGGCAGGUGCUGUACGCUGACAGAUACACGUGUGAGGAAAGCUCAGCUACGCCGUCGUACGCUGACCUCGGCUUCAGUCUCCUGCUGUUCAACCCCGACUCUGCCGGGAACCCGCUGGAUCACUUCAGCGCAGAGGAAGCAGGGCUGCACAGUUUCUACUUCCUCCUGCUGCUCGCCUACUUCAUCGCCUGCUGCAUCUACUUCCAGCCUCUGUAUCAGGCGCUGAAGAAAGGGGGCCCCAUGCACACGGUCCUGAAGGUGCUGACCACGGCCCUGGCUUUGCAAGGCUGCUCCGCCCUCUGCAACUACAUCCACCUGGCCAGGUACUCCAGAGACGGUACUGGGAUCCCCCCGAUGGGCAGCCUGGCAGAGUUCUGGGACAUGGUGUCCCAGGUGUCCAUGCUGUACAUGCUGCUGAGCCUGUGUAUGGGCUGGACUCUGAGUCGAGGCAGGAAGCCGCAGUCCAGACCCCUGCAGUGGGAGCGCUCCCCGGCGUCCACCGCCGUCGCUGUUGGUGGCGUGGUCACACAGGGAGUCCUGCUGCUGUGGGAGCAGUACUCUGAGUCAGACAGCGAACACCACAGCUAUCACGCCCAACGUAGCCUAGCAGGUCUCCUCCUCCUGGCUCUGAGAGUGGUGCUGUCCCUCCUGCUGGCCUCCGUCCUCUACCAGAUCGUCUCCACAGAGAGGAGCACCCUGAAGAGGGACUUCUACCUCUGCUUCGCUAAGGGCUGCUUCCUGUGGUUCCUUUGUCACCCCAUCCUCGUCCUCAUGUCUGUGGUCUUCAAUGACCACCAGAGGGAAAAGGUCAUCACCAUCGGCGUGAUCCUCUGCCAGUCCAUCUCCAUGGUGAUCCUCUACCAGCUCUUCCUGUCCCGCUCGCUCUACUGGGAGGUGUCCUCCCUCUCCUCCGUGUCUUUGCCGCUCACUAUGUCCAGAACGAACCACCACAGGGGGCGCCUAUGAGCACAGAUACCCAGGUUACGGUGAGAACUGAAGCGUCUCUGUCAGACGCAGCAGGAGAUGUUCCCCCCUGCACCGUCGUCUGUCCCACGUUAGAGCUACCACUGAGCCGUGGACAGACGACAGUACUUACUGCAACACACUACCUCUGACUUCUAACUGGAGCCUCUGGGAUGCAAAAUGCAUGGCCACGCAUGCAUCAGCUGGCGAGGUAGACGUCAGCAGAAAACCACGAUAAAGAACUUGAGAGAGCGCAAAAUCGCAAGCAAUCACAAUUAGAUUAUUUUUAAAGGCUUUACCUGCAAAUCGCUGAGUCAGCCAUGAUUGGGGCAGUCUGCAUGUAGAUACGAUUUUUAUGUUAUUAUUGUUAUUAUUUCUGUGUCACAAAAGCUGUACCGUUAUUUAACUGUCAACGUAAAUGUAUGAGCUGACAGCAUGUGAGAUGCAAAUCAUCGAACCGACAUUAACUCUCUGUAGCUGCAGCGAACUGCAUGACUCUGAAUUGGCAGAAAUGGUGAGUUUACUAAAAAUCUUUUUCCACAAGAGCUCCACUGUGUAAAUACAAUCCUGUGAUUUUCCAUUUACUUCUGUUAUCGGGCUAAAUCUGACUUAAGUUUGUGUCAAACCAAAACAGAGGCUGGUGGGAUCAUAUCUUGUUGUUCUGCAUGUUUGCACCUGUUCUGCAAACAUGCAGAACAGGUGCCAAGAAAGAAACUGACAUAUUUAUUUGUCUGUUUAUUUAUUUUUUAAGUGAUUAAAAAAAAAGGGCAGCGUCCAAUACCACUACUUCUCAUUCUGUUUGGUCAGAGGCUGCUGAGCUUCUACAUAUUUAAAAAUAUACUUGAAUGUAUAGCCUUUGUCAGCUGUUAUAAAUACGCAAAAUGAUAUCAGUCCAUAUUGCUUUGCACUGAAACAGUGCAUGUGUCAAACAUUACAUUAUGUUUUAUACUGCAGCACAGAGACAAUCUAGCAUUCAGUUGUUUAGGUAAUUAUUCAAACUUGAAUGUCCAUGUCUGGUAUAAUUUAUGUCACUUGUGGAAAUAAAAUGAGCAAACAUAGCAACUGUAA